UAGUAUAUAUUCAAUAAAUUUAGUAUUCCUCCGAACUUCAAAGAAGCAGCUACUUUCCUACAGAAAACCUCUUCUAUGUCAGAAGUCCUAACCGACGAGAACGACAACAAAAUUUGCUGCUUGGAAAAAUUAUAAAUCUCCCACUAAAAUUGCUUGUUUAUCCACUUGAAGCCAAUCAACCUACAUUGCGCUUAAUAAAUGCUAUUAUCGCAAGUGGACGUGGAACAACACUGGUCAAACUGGUAUUUCUUCUUGUCUCAAUCACUCUUUGUGCUAUUAUUCUUUAUAAAUUAAAACAGCUUGUUCACGGUUUGCACUACUUAUAUUAAAAUGGAAGAUCAAUUCCAAUACAAUGAGAAUACUUACGAGCUCUUUGUCAAGAAAGCAACCGAGUUCAAGCCGUACCCCGGUGGUGUCGGCAAAUUUUACUAUGAUCGACUCGUCCAAAUUGCCACACAAGAUGAAACCAUUGUUGCACAGAUUGAUGCUGCAACAGGCACAACACAAACAUUCAAGCAACUUCUGGAUGCAUCAAAAAAACUAGCGCAAUACAUGCGUUCAGUUGGAAUAAAACCAGGAGACAACAUCACAAUGUGCUCAUACAAUCACAUAAACAGUGAAGUUGUAAUGGUUGCUGCAUUAUUUGUUGGUGCUGUCAUGUCCUCAACUGAUCCAAUGUUGUCAGUGGAAGAUUCUAAAUAUUUACUGAACAUGGUCAAACCAAAACUGCUCUUUGUUUCGGAUGGAUCUGAGGAGCUAAUUGAAACUUGUGUUAAUGCAAUUCAAUUAAAACAGAGAUCAUAUCAGUUUCUUUAA